AGCCGAAGACGUCGGCUCGGUCAUUUGAUCAGCUGUGUCCAAUCACAGCUGAUCGCAUGGGACAUUUACACUGAUCAUCAGGGUACUGAUGAUCAGUGUGCCCUGAUGAUCAGUGUAGCCCCUGCAGUGCCUCCUGUCAGUGCCAAUCAAUGCCAGCUGUCAGUUCUCAUCAAUGCCACCUGCCAGUGCCACAUUAGUGACCACCAGUGCACAUCAAUGCCACAUACCAGUGCCCAUCUGAGCUGCCUUUCAGUGCCACCUAUCAGUGCCACCUAUCAAUGCCAGUCAGUGCCACCUAUCAGUGCCAGUUAGUGCCACCUAUCAGUGCCCAUCAGUGCUGCCUAUCAGUGCCACCUAACAAUGCCAGUCAGUGCCAUCUAUCAGUGCCAUAUGAGUGCUGCCU